CAUGCAAUAUCCUCAACCAUGUUACGACUGUCGUCUUGCUUGCGCUUGCCCUCUAAACUUCGACGUCGAAACCGGCGUUCCAGAGUAGCGACCAUGUUUGUCGCAACCAUGGCUGUUGUCAUCUUCCUAACUCCCUUCUACUUGGUCUACAAACCCCCUACAUUUCUGAUUAACAUAUUCGUACACCACUUUCCGAGCGUAAUAUGGCAUGUCAACACGUCGGAGAAGAUUGUCGCGUUGACCAUCGACGAUGCGCCCUCGACCCACACCCGCGAUAUCUUGAACAUUUUGAAAGAAAAUGAUGCGCAUGCAACUUUCUUCGUCCUUGGUGACCAGGUUCCGGGUCGAGAAGAUAUUCUGAAAGAGGCGGUUCAACAAGGUCAUGAGCUCGGGAAUCACGCCAUGCACGAUGAACCGUCGGUCAAACUCCCCGAAUCCGAACUCAUCAUGCAAAUGGACCAAGUGGAUGGCAUGAUCAAUACUGCCUACAAUACUUCGGGUACCGAUGCACGACCACCACGCUUCUUCCGACCGGGAUCGGGUUUCUUUUCCAAGCGCAUGCGUGCGCGGAUGGAUAUGCUUCAGUAUCGCAUUGUACUGGGCGAUAUCUACCCACAUGACCCACAAAUCCCUUACUGGAGAGUCAACGCUGCGCAUAUCCUGAGCAUGUUGAAGCCGGGUGGAAUCAUCAUUUGUCACGACAGGCGGAGCUGGACAUUACCAAUGUUGCGCAAAGUAAUCCCCGAAAUCAAGAGAAGGGGCUAUCAGAUCACGACGGUGACUGAUCUCAUCAAAGUCGCUCCUUUGGAGCGGAGGAGAGGCCCAUAG